AUGAAGCUGCUGUUGCUGUGUCUGGGGCUGACCCUCGUCUGUGCUGACAAGGAAGAAAACAAUGAUGUUGUGCGAAGCAACUUCGAUCUGUCAAAGAUUUCAGGGGAGUGGUAUUCCAUUGGCUUGGCCUCUGACAGCAGGGAAAAAAUAGAAGAAAAUGGAAGCAUGAGGCUGUUUGUGGAAUACAUCGAGUACUUAAAGAACUCUUCUCUGUUCUUUAAAUAUCAUACAAUUGUAAAUGGAGAAUGUACUGAAAAUUAUUUGGUUAGUGACCCAACAGAAGAAAAUGGUGUAUAUAGUGUUGAAUAUGAUGGAUCCAAUACAUUUCACAUACUUGAGGCAGACUAUAAUGACCAUAUUAUUUUUUAUCUCAAGAAUUUUAACAAUGAGGAAACAUUCCAACUGAUGGAGCUCUACGGCCGAGAACCAGAUGUGAGCCCAGAACUCAAGGAAAAGUUUGUGCAAAUUUGUGAAGAACAUGGAAUUGAUAAAGAAAAUGUAUUAGACCUGACCAAAGUCAAUCGCUGCCUCCAAGCCCGAGAUGGGGGGGCUCCCUAAGAUCCCAGUGCUGAGCGAAUGCUUCCUCACCUGGACUCCAGCAUCCUCCCUUCCUGGUCCCCAUGUCUUCUGUGA